GCAUAUGCUUGCAACGAGUCCUUUGGAUUGAAGCUGUGCUCUUGUGCUGCAUUGCUUGCACUCUUGGCCUGGUGUUGUGCAUGCAGUCGCAGAUCCCAACUGAUCUAGGGCCCGAUCUAGGGUGGGAGGCGAAGACUGAGGAGUUGGCCGGUCGUGGAAUAUCCUUAGGCAACCUUGUGGACUUUUACAGCAAGCUAUUUGACUCUGAAAGGGUGUCCUUCCAGCCACCAGUCCACACCACCAAGGAUGUGGUCAGACUCGAAAUUAUUCCGCAGACUUCUGCAGCAGGCACCUCGUUUGCCGAGUUGGUGAACGAUGGCAAGAAGGUGACACCUGGGAAGAUGGUCACUCACAAUUGGUCCAAUCUUUUCCGAGAGCUGAUGGCUACAGUCAUUGCUGAUGCACUAGGAGAACACACCUUUGAAUUUGUGGCGGAACUCCUGUGCGACAAAGAAGGCGUGAAGGUCUUGACAGAAACCCUCCAGGUCCAUGACCCUCUUCAGGACACCUAUUGGAUCUGUGCCCUCUCUGUCAACCAGCAUGCAGGAGCAAACCCGGACGGAGACACCGAUCCGGUCACCAAGAUCCCACAUCCAGUGUGUGGUUGCAAGACAGUUUUUUUUUUCAACAAAGACCCUCCAUUGAAUGAACAGGGUGAGAGCAUCAUGUGUGAAAUGAACAAAUUUGAUGACAUGAUGGCGCUGCUGGCCAAGAAAAAUCCAAAUUUUACAGAAGUCGUUGCCGUGGAUGCCGACUUGAACCUCUUCCGCAUUCUUGUUGUGGCCAUGCUCAGGUGGAUGGGUCCUUGGCAAAGAUUUCACAAAGCUACGCCCAAGGGUUGGGCCAAGGCCAUCGAAACUGCCAUUUGGGGGUAUAGUACACCUCCAGGAUUGCGUUUUGGCAACUGGAACGGCGAUGCUGCCAGUUUCUGGUCCUAUAUCGCCAUGCUUGUCGCUGUCAGUGAAGUCUUGCACUUCAGUUUUGCUUUCAGUUACCAAUUUGCCAUUCGUUGUGGUGUGCCAGCAACCCGAACUGCACUGCACUUUUUGUUUUGCUUUGACAUGUGCAUUUUUGUUUGCCCCAGAAAUGACACAACAGUUUUGCAUGAGAAGACGGGCGGAAACAUCAAGUAUGAUUCGCCAACUUUCAGCCAAAUCAAUUCACCUGCGCUGCGAGGGGGCAGCGGUGGGGGUGGCUCUGCGGCCACACGCCGGAAAAGGGAUGAAAGAGAUUUGCUGAAAGGAUCGAAACCUGAUAUCAAGACAAAACCAAUGACAAAGACCAAAACGGAUGCCAAGCAAUCAGUGCAGAGUCAUCAGACUGUUGAUACUGAAGAUUGGACCCGGGUCACCCGGCGAAAGCCCAAACCUGACAAAGUUGGCGGAGGCAAUGACACUGCGAAGCCAAAGCCAAAUAUGCCUGUUUUCCAUCUUUGGAGAGAUCCCACAUUUCCACAUCAUGUAAGCUCCUACAAAGCUGUUUCCAAUGAUUUGCAGGCAGGAAAACCACCAAAGGCGAGAAUUGUCGAAGUCACUGGGCCCCAAGCGGAUGAUCUCCGAAACUUGUGGCAAUCUCAUGACAUCAAAAAUGCCAGCAUCACUCUCGCUUUUGUCAACAGUGAGGCACCAGCACAAGCCAAGAAACAGUGGCUGCAUGUCACUGCUGGUGGGGCACCUCCUACGGUGAGGCUCGUCCCGUGCCUUUGCUUGGGUAGCCAAGCCAGUCAACUGCCUACGGUGAAAGUCACGCAAGCUACAGCACCUGCCGUUGCUGAAGCGGCUGUUCUCCGUGUUACCUUCGACAAGCAGUAUGUUUCUGAAGACGAAUGGAAAAGAACUGUCUCGAAACCCGCCAAUGCUUUCCAUGCAAUGACUGAGAAGAAAGGACUUACUCAACAAAUCAUUGCCACUUAUGGUUGGCGUAUCCUCUCUGCAUCACGCUGCUCUGAUCAAGUCACAGGUUUCCUUAAAGUGACUUCCUCUACCAAAGACGCGUUUCUUCAUGCUUCCGGAAUUGGUGGAUGGUUCAUUGAUUCCCUUGCCAAGCACGGACCAAAAGCCAAUGUUGAGUGGAUCACCCCUUUGAUCGAUGAGCCUAGAAUUGAUUAUCGAAUUAGGGUGCUGAGUGACGCUGACGGAAGUGGUGUUGCUUUGAGGCAAGGUUCUGGUGCAGCCCUGGGCAUCCGAACGCCAUCCAGGCCAACUGCGGUCGGUGGAACGGUGGCUAGCGGCAAAAUAGCUGAAGCAACACCACCAAAGGAUGCCAUGGAAGUGGAGGUCACUCACAGUUCAAACGGUGAGGAAAUGGAUACUUCCGGUCAAGCCGCCAAAAGGCAAACUGAAACCAAAGGUGCCUCUCCCGAAAAAAAGAGGGCCAAAGCUGUUUGUACGAAUUUUGACACACCAUUUGGAUUCCAACGAGUUGACUGUGGAGGCAAUGGUGAUUGUGGUUACCGAGCCGCGGCGGCAGCUUAUGCCCUUGCAGACGGCCGCGACCUCAAAGAGACCAAAGAAAAUGCUCCAACCCUCGGGGCUACAUUACGGGCUCAGGUAGCAAGCCAUUUAAAAAAGCAUCAGCUUUGGAAAGACUCAUGGGCACCUGAUGAUCGAUGGACAGAAUCAACAGAAGGCGGCACAGUGCCUACCACCUACGAUGAGUGGUUGGAAAGCACGGCUCGUCCAGGCCGGUGGGUUUGUGGCCCCACUCUCAUCGGCAUUGCCACCAGGCUUAAACGCAAUCUUGUUGUUUUUCGUUUUGCGGAUGACAAAUGGGAAAAAGCCGACUUGAUCACUCCACUCGAAUCCAAUGCCAAGGAUGUUAGCACUGCUGCUUCCUUUCCACCUCUUCCUUUAUUUCUGAAAGACAACCAUUAUUUCACAUUGGAACCACGAGAAGAGGGCUGGCCUGCUACCUGGAGCUCGCCUGCAGAUAAGAAAUGGGAUCCCAACCUGCAUCGCGGUGGUGGCAAAAGCCUCCGUAGCUGGCUUCCGUCCAGUUCUGCCAGUGUUGCCAGCACGCAGUCCGCCAGUAGGACCGUGACUCAAAGCCAGCGUAAACAGAAAAGUCUCAAAAGUUGGCUCCCGGCUUCCAGCUCUGCCAAAAGCAGAUCGCCAGCCAUUGGGAAUAAUUUAAAAAGUUGGUUGCCGCAGUCAAGCUGCUCCACUUUGGCCAAAAGUUGCUUUCCUGCCACAAGAGAAGCAUCACCUGCUCCGUCUCUUGCAUUUUCGGAUGAUGCAUCUUUGCACAAAGAAGAUAUUUCCAAUAAAAACGUUGACUGUCACGACACUGACGCUGCCAAAGUUGCUUCCUCCUGGACCUGCCCUGAGUGUGGCUAUUGCACAGAAAACCGGGUAGACUGGGUCAAACGCCGUCGGCAGCAUAUUGUUACUUGGCAUCCUGACAAAAAGGAUGACUGGAAUCUCAGAAACAAGCCCUUAUUAGUGCCGUGGACGCCCGAUUGCACCUGGAAAUGUCCGCUAUGCAACAUGGGCAUGCCGCCCAACAUCACUGAUUGCGACACUUCCUAUCGACUUCGAAAGGAACAUGCUCAACAGCAACACCCAACUGCCAAGAGAAGCCGUUUUUUUCUUCCGACUCCCAACAAUUCUGCCAAAGCUACGUUGGCCAAGAUCAGUGCUGGCGUAGCCCAAAGGCUACUGGAUUUGAAAGCAGGCAAGCAGGGUGACCAUGAUGUCAUUUUCUUGAAGUUUCCUCCUUUCAAGGAAAAAGUCAAACGAUUAACUGUGAUCCAUCCAUUUUGCAAGAAGUGCUCCGCCAGAGCGGUGUCCAUUGCGCAAAUUGCCAAAAUCCCAUGCAACGUUAGCCGACGCGGCGGCCCUGGUCGGCAGCUGUUGAUUCGCCGUGUUCGUGCUGCUGUGAAUGACGUCACUUUACCUGAUGCUUUGAAAAAAGACCUGCAACAUACUUUGUCGUGGAUCGACGCUCCGUCCGAUCCUGCAGUUGACCACCAAAUUGACAAAUUCCCUUGGCCUUUGCCUUCGCCAGCGUCGUUGUACAUUUGCAAAGUUUGCCGACAAGUCAACAUUCGGCGAGCUUCCAUGACCAACACUAAAUGUUGUGGCGAGCCUAAGCAAAGUCCGCGCCAUGUGCAAUUGCUGCGACAGCUGGACACAGCACAUAAGACUGCCCGAGGACAUCGACGUGACCAGAUAGUGAUUGCCCAGAACAUCCUUAUGGGUAAAGCCAAUGUUCCCACCAAACAGAAUAAUGACUGA